AUGGACGUCGUCAAGAUCCGCCGUCGGGGAGAGAGGAAGGUCACGAUGGUGACCGCCUACGACUAUCCGUCCGCGGUGCACGUCUGUCGCGCUGGCAUCGAUAUCUUGCUCGUGGGAGACUCUGUGGGCAUGGUCGAGCUGGGCUACGACACCACGCAACCCGUCACCGUCGGGGACAUGCUGCAUCACUGCAAGGCAGUGGGCAGGGGCGCGCGCACGCCACUGGUGGUCGCGGACAUGCCGUUCGGCAGCUACGAAGUGUCGCCGAAAGAGGCGCUACGAACGGCCAUCCGGUUUGUCAAGGAGGGCAACGUGGACGCGGUAAAGCUUGAGGGGGGAAAGAACCGCGCCGAGCACAUCCGAAAGGUUGUAGACGGGGGGAUCGCUGUGAUGGGACACGUGGGACUGACGCCGCAGGCGAUCAGCGUCUUGGGAGGGUUCCGUGCGCAGGGGAGAACGGCGGUCAAGGCGAGGCAGGUCGUGGACGACGCCUUGGCAGUGCAGGAGGCCGGCGCCUUUGCGGUGGUGGUGGAGUGCGUUCCGUCCCCUGUGGCGAAGGCCGUCACGGAGGCGCUGGAAAUCCCGACGAUCGGGAUCGGUGCCGGGCCUUGCACCAGUGGCCAGGUUCUAGUUUACCAUGACAUGCUUGGGAUGCUCCAGCACCCGCACCACGCCCAGUUCGUCCCUCGAUUCUGCAAGAACUACGCCAGCGUUGGCGAAGAGGUGCGCCGAGGGCUUGAAAACUUCCGGCGGGAGGUGGAGGGUGGCGUCUUCCCGCAAGAGGAGCACAGCCCGUACAAGAUGCCGGCUGGAGAAGAGCAGCAGUUCAAGCGGCUCCUCGCGAAGGAUGAACACGAGCGACUGGAGCGGCUGGCGCUAAAGAAGAAAGCCCUCGAGGAGCAAGACGAGUACGAGACCGUCAGUAAGGACGACGAUGGUGACGUUGAGGGGCCUUACGGGGGAGGAGGAGGAGGAGGAGGAGGAGGAGGAGGAGGAGGAGGAGGCUCCAAACGAUAG